CAACGUUGACGUCGCGGCUGAACAGCAACUAAAACGGCGACAGAAGAGGGGCUCACAUACAGUGCGUACUGCCUAUGCUGAACGGGGCUCCAGAGUGGUGGCGUGUGUGUGACGGCGACGGUGCGCGAGGCGCAGACAUGAAGUGAAUAAGAAAUUGGAAAAGCACUAAAAGACAACGCAGAAGCGCAAAUAAAACGCAAGAAACGUGGGCAAAGCCAAAAGCGAGGCAAAAAACCGACAAAUCCCCAACGACGGCGGCCCAACAGCGGCAGCGGCACAGCCGCGGUUCAGCGAUAAUCACAAAAUAUUUCUCCGGGCCUCCGCAGCCAAAAAGCGCGAAAAACUUUGUCGGCUCCAAACCAACAAAUAUGCACCCAACGAUGACACAUUCGGAGCUGUCCCAGCUGAGGCUCUGCAGGGACCCCCAUCAGGAGGAUUUGGGAGCAGCUCUACAGAUGUCCGGGAAAAAAUGCAAUAACAACCAGCAGCGACGGGGCCGACGGCGGGCCUGGAGGGGGCCGGCCGUUGGAAUUUACGGGUCCAUCAGCCUGGCCAUUUUGGUGUUGACCAUUUGCAUGGCACACACGUCGACUACCGUGACUGCCACUGAAAGCAGCAGCAACAGCAGCGCAUCCUCCGCAGUCGUCAUGGUGGCGGUCACGCCGAGCAUCGCUGGCACCGGAUCGAGCAGCGGAAGCGGCGCCAUCACCUUCGGCAGCAGCAGCACCACCACCACCACCACCACCACCACCACCACCGAAGCGCCACCAGAACAGCAGCAGCCGCAGGGCCACUGCCUGCUGGACGGGCUCUGGGUGCCAGAGACGACGGUGCACUGUGAGAAGCAGACAAGCUGCCGCGCCAUCCAGCGGACCGGCCACUGUUGUCCCGAUUAUAAAUGCGAUUGCGAAAAGGAUGGAAAAACUUACGCCAAUGGUUAUAAAUUGGUGGAUCCGGAUACCCCAUGCACUGUCUGCUACUGCAAAGGCGGCGAGAUUGUUUGCAGCUCAGUGACCUGUUUCCGGCGGGACGACUGCAUGCCCAAGUACGUGCCCGGCCGCUGCUGCCCCGAGUACGACAAUUGUCCGAUUCUGGACAACAAUCCGCCGCUGUCCAGCGAGGCGAGCAGCACCACCACGUCCACCCAGAAGCCGGCGGCAGUGGCUCAGCCCGCUGGCUAUAACUGGAAUAUUACCAUCAAGGAGAUCACUAAGCCCUCUGAGAUUCGGAUUACCGACGAUAACAAGGCUAAGCCGGCGAUUCCCACCAGAAAGUCGGCCGGUACAGGUACAGUGGUUACCACCGAGGGAGCACCGCCUUCGGGAACAACGGCAAGUUCCGUUGGCAGUACAACAGCAACACCAACAGCAGCAACAACAGCAACAACACAAGCAACAGAAACAUCAACGACAACCGAGGCAACAUAUCCGCCGACACCAACAACUGUCCUGAUAUCCACCGACGCCGCAGCAACACCAACGACUUCGGCGGCGUUGACGCCGCUUAGCCAAGACACAACCCCGAAAGCACUUCCAGGCACUUCCAGCAGCGAGAGCUUAAAGCUUAUUGCCUCGGCGGGCUACAUAGAGCGACCGCAUGCCCAGAGCGGCAACGACGUGGAGCAGAAUACAAAGAAAGAUCCGCUCGUCAGCUACAAUGCCGAUGGCCUGCUGCCACUCGCCCAGAACGAUCCCAGCAAGGUCAGCUUUAAGCGGGAGUUCACCACAGAGCGGCCCUCGCCGAGCACCCAAGGGUACGAGGAGCCCGGGACUGGUGGGGCGGAGUCCGUGUUCAUACAAAACGGCUUUGGGGAUGCCUUAGCUGAGAUUCCCGACGGAGAGCUGGAGCCGGACACAGCGGGCAGUGACAACAUCUACCACAUAAUCUCCACCACUGAAGGUCCCAGCUCUGGCAUUGGCGCGAGUACAGAUUCGAACUCCCCCGUCACCAGGAAGAACAGCACCAGACCCAACCCAGAGACAGAAAUCAGUACGGAGGGCCCCGGCAGCAGCAGUGAGAUGCCUCCCAUGAGCUCCACCCACCACAUGGACGCGGAUGAGGAUGUGCCACAAGUCGAGUCCAAUCCGGCGUACCCCUCGCUGCCCGAAGACGACUUCAGCUUGCGAGACGUAAACUUUCCCCUCGUGGAGCUGGAGGAUGUGGCCGAUUCUUACACCAAGGACGAGCCGAGGAGCAUACCGAGUCCCUUCGAGGCGGACAACAGGCACACCAAGGUGAUGCAAGAGUCAGCUCUGGACGGCAGUGGAAGCGGAAGUGGCAGUGGGGACAUGGAGCCCUAUCUCGAGGGAUCUUCGACAACCGAUCACGUCCUGAUGGCUGCCUCCUCCAGCAAGGAGAAAAGCUCGGUGGUACCCCUCCUGAUGUACAGUGCCGAGGACAAUUCCGGGGAAACGCGCAUUCAGAACGCGAGUGAUCUGCAGCUGGAGAACAUUGGCCACGGCCAGAGCGAGAAUGAGACAAGCGAAGAGCUGGAUGCUCUGGAGGGACUGAUGGGCAAGGGCAUCGGGAACAGUAGUGGGGAAAUCAAAGAACCCACCACCCCGCGAUCCAUCCCAAUCUCUGCCUUGGACAUCGACGAGCUGGGCUCUGGGGCAGGUCAACUGCAGACAUCGGGCGGCGUGGAUCCCAAGGCCGAUGCCGAGAGCCUCAAGCUCGACGAGAGCCAAGAGACUAUAGCCAAGACGACCUCAGAAGACAAGUCGUCGACGCGGGCCGAAAAGAGCUUUGUGGAGCGGGCACUGCCCCUGGGACGGCUCUACCUUCAGCGGAUCUACUGAUCGGCACCUAGCGGGGUCUGAACCGGAUCGACAAGCAAACCUUUUAUUGUAUAUAUAUAUAUAUACACUCUAAAGCCUAGCCAACGAAAAUCCAGCUAUUGAAGUGAUCGAGUGUUAGGUCUAAGUAGUCAGAAAGGGAGUAGAAGGAGGGAGGAGCAGAGUUCUUCUGGGAGGUGGAAGUUGUUUCCAUAGACUGCAUAAAACGCGUGUAAUGAUCAUAAGCAUAUGUAUGUACACCAUCUGAAUUUAUCAACAUAAUAAGCAUAAAACAAUAUCUUACGAUUAGCAAAGCUGGGCUCUCCAAAUGCAAUAACUAAAAGCCGCUCUAUUGGUUUAGCUCUCGAGGCACACAGGACAGCAAUACGAGCAGGUAUCGCUAAGAUACAAACUAUAUAUCAUAUAUGAGCAUCUCUAAUUUAUACGUACGACCUAAGUGCACGUAAGCAUUCAAUCAUUAGCACGCCCACAAUCGAAAUUCAUCGCAUAAGUCGCAAUUUUUAACUUGUUUUAUCUCAUCCUGAAUUUAUUUAAUUUGUAACUUAUUUCUUAACGAAAAUAUGGAAAUGAUUUGGAAACGGAGAGCCGAAUGAUGUGAAUUAUUUGCUCUAAAGGUGAUUUAUUUUAAAAUGAAAUGGCAAAUUAUAUAGUCCUCUUCGAUUUGAAAAGCUUUUAAGUUUAGACUGAAUAUGAAAAGGUUUUAAUUUAAAGCAACUUACACGUACACCUACUUUAAUCGUAAUUUAUUUGAUAUACAGAAUUU